GCCGAUAUUUCAUUUCAUUCAUUUAUAGCUUCCUUUUCUGUCUUAUAAAUGAUUAUCUAUAUACGGGUGGUCGUCGAUCAAGAUUUCCGUAUAAAUUGUUAAAUGAAGGUGCUAUAAGCGUUUAUUUUAUGAAAAAACUGUAGGUUAUAAAUUGUUAAAUAAUGAUCUUACUCGAGAUCAAUAAUAGAAUUAUAGAAGAAACGCUAACAGUAAAAUACAAAAAUGCACUGGCGCGCUUAAAGCCAGAAUCCAUAGAUGUGACAGUUGCAGAUUUUGAUGGAGUCCUCUUUCAUAUAUCCAAUGUUAAUGGAGACAAAACCAAAGUUAGGGUUAGUAUAUCACUGAAGUUCUACAAACAAUUAGAGGAGCAUGGCGCAGAUGAACUUCUCAAAAGAGUUUAUGGAACACUCCUCACUGAGCCGGAGUCAGGUUACAAUGUGUCCGUCCUACUGGACCUGGAGGCGAUCCCCGACGACUGGGAAGAGACGGUCCGGAAGGUUGGGCUGCUGAAGCGCAACUGCUUCGCGUCCGUGUUCGAGCGCUACUUCCGCCUCCAAGAAGACGGGGAUGUCGCACAGAAGCGCGCCGUCAUCAACUACCGACAGGAUGAGACGCUAUACGUGGAAGCGCAAGAGGACCGCGUGACGGUGGUGUUCUCGACGGUGUUCCGUCACGAGGACGACAUGGUGAUCGGCAAGGUGUUCAUGCAAGAGCUGAAGGAGGGCCGGCGGGCCAGCCACACGGCGCCGCAGGUUUUAUUUUCACAUAAGGAACCACCGCUAGAACUCAUGGAUACUGAAGCGAAAGUAGGAGAAAAUAUCAGUUAUGUUACAUUCGUGCUGUUCCCGCGGCACACUUGCUUGGAGGCGCGCGACAACACGAUCGACCUGCUGCACAUGUUCCGCGACUACCUGCACUACCACAUCAAGUGCAGCAAGGUGUACGUGCACUCGCGCAUGCGCGCCAAGGCCGGCGACCUGCUCAAGGUGCUCAACCGUGCGCGUCCGCAGCAGCAGCGCCAGGAGAGGAAGACCAUCACGGGGAGAACAUUCGUUCGGCGGGACUGAGUGCCGGCGGAGGGAGCACGGAACCACCACUAGCCUUAUUUAUUACGAGAGCGGCUCUACACGUCCGCGCUCCACGCCCCGCCCCACGCUCCACGCCCCACGCGCCACGCUCCACGCCGCACCCGCACCCGGCGGGACUCCGGCAAUGUGCGUAUUUCCUUUACUCAGUAUGUGUUUCCGAUACCUGUGUAUUGUAGUGUUCGCGUGCCCCGACAUGUUGCAACAUUUGCUAGCUAUAUUUUCAAUUUGAAUUACCCCAUUAUAAACAGUACAGGAAUGCCAAAUAUUUUAAAAUGCUCAAUGCUCAAUAUUGUACCGGUCGCCGAACUUUACAAAACAAAAUGAUGAAAUGUGCACAUUGUUUGUUAUAAAUAUUUAUUGUCAACUCUUCAUGCCUGGCGUAAAGUCAAUAAAGAAUGUUGCUGUAGUACUUGUUGAUAACAAAAUUAUGCUUUAUUAUAUGAGAGUUCUAUUUAUGGGGCCCCCCGGCCGGGCCCGCAAUCCUUCUCGUAGCUUGACGUAAUUUUGUUGUAUUUGUAACCCGAUUACCAAUCCUCGAGUAGAGUAUAAUGUAAUAUAAACCUAGCCUAUUAUUGUUUCGGAUGACAGACUUGAAAGUAUAUCUCCGGACAGGUAACAUGCACAAACUCGUACGAAUUACUCACUAUUAAUUUUGUAAUUACACCGUCUAGUUUGAUAACGCUAUCUAUGCAAUAUACGAACAAUAAUUAUUUAAAUAAAGUUACUCUCUUACGUUGUUAGGUAGGCCCGAUUCAAUUAUAAUCUAAGUGAAAGUGUAUAGUAUUUCUCAAUAGAAUCUUCCAAUGACCGAGGCAGAGGCUGGGUGGGUGUACAGGCCUUAUUGACGUCCGCUCGCGCCGGCUCGAUAGAUCGCUAGGUUAGAUGCGAUACUCUGUAUCCCGUUUAUAUGCAAUUCCAACUCAGAAAACUUCAAUUCCAUAUUGCAUUAAAGAACAAGAUACAUUUAUUAUCUAAAAUGAUUUAUAUAUAAAAAUAAUGUAUUAAAAUUUAUAAGAAUUCUUCGAAUUUAGUGUCAUAGUUCAUGAGAAAUAGAAAAUGGCACGUAAUGUGUAGACCACUUCCGCACCAAGUAUUUGCUCAAAUCGAACACCAAGGAGCUCUAUAGGAAUAGUGAACAUUUCACACCACUAUAUUUAGCCCUAAUUUCUGACGCGAAUUCAUUUUGAAAGGCAAUGUUGUUGGGAUCUAGUGAAGUGGCACUCUUACUUGCAAAUCUGAAUUUUCUACUUGUCUUCUUUACACUCAUAAGAGUCAUAUUGCAAUAAUUUAUAUGUAUAAUAGCGAAGAUAUUCAGAUUUGCAUUAAAAUUUAUUUUAAAGGAGUGCAAAGAGUAGGCGAGAUUAACUACGUAAUUUUAGGUGAGAUUGUGGCAAAAUAUCGAUUGAGUCAUGGACUGAGAGUUAUUUAGACUACGAGUAUCAUUAAUGGUUCGUUUGGAUGAAAUAAUGUAAAUCGCUAAGUCAUAAUUAAAUUGCAUGAGUUGAUAACGCGACAAAAUAUUAACUGUUGACAGAUUAUAAAAGAUGUGGCAAGUAGUCGAGUAUGAAUGGAAUGUAAUACAUAAAGCGUGUAGACACAAUUUAACUAAAAAAAUUAGCUAACUUGAAUUUUAUGUAAUUUUUUUGCAAGAUGUAUUAUUUAUGUAAUAUAAAAUGUAAGUUAAAUGUUGCUUUAAAGUUAUAGCUUACAAUUUGAUGAUUGUUUUUUCUGUCAGUUGAAGCGCCAGAUUAUGUAAACUGCAGAUUAUGGAAGUUAUUUGUGAAUAUGUAAUUAUUCUUGUGAUUUAAAAUCCGUUUAUACUGUAUUUUUAUUUUCUAGAUUAAAGAAAACAUCUUACUGCAA